UCCCCACUCUUAACACUUUGCUCGAGGCUCCUGCUGGCAGAGAAGCAGCAGAUGAGACAGGGACAGCACAGAGGCCUCUGCUGCAGGUUUGCCCAGUCUGUUCCCAGAGAUGGGAGACCCUGCAAACACGAGCACAGUUGCUAACAGCAGUGGAGCCCCCUCCCCUGCCCCGUGCCCCCGUGACACCACCAUCACCCAUCUGCUCUUCCCCGUGCUCUACACCCUCAUCUUCCUCCUGGGACUCGUGCUCAACAGCCUGGCUUGCUGGGCUUUCUUCCACAUUCCAAGCACCUCAACUUUCAUUGUCUACUUGAAGAAUAUCCUAGUUUCUGACUUCAUAAUGACCCUGAUGCUGCCUCUGAAGAUCCUGGCAGACUCUGGCCUGGCCCCGUGGCAGCUCAAAGCCUUUGUGUGUCGCUUCUCAGCCGUGGUGUUCUAUGACACCAUGUACAUCAGCAUCGUGCUGCUGGGGCUCAUCGCUUUCGACAGAUUUCUCAAGAUUGUGAGGCCUUUUGGGAAGUUCUGGGUGCAAAACCUGACCUCAGCAAAGAUCCUGGCGAGCCUGGUCUGGCUCUUCUUCCUCGUUCUGUCUCUGCCCAACAUGAUCCUGUCCAACAAGGCGGCGACGCCGCAGUCCGUGAGGAAGUGUGCCUCCCUGAAGAGCCCCCUCGGGCUCAGGUGGCACGAGGCUGUCAACUACAUCUGCCAGCUCAUCUUCUGGACCGUCCUCAUCCUCAUGCUGCUGUUUUACGUCAUUAUUGCCAAAAAGGUGUACGAGUCCUACAGAAAAACACAGAAGAAAGACAACAGAAGCGAAAAACGGAUCAAGGGGAAAGUGUUCAUCAUUUUUACCGUGUUCUUCUUAUGCUUUGCCCCCUUCCACUUCAGCAGGGUGCCCUACACUCUGAGCCAAACCAGCGGCCUCAUGGGCUGCCGCCUGCAGAACCAGCUCUUUGUGGCCAAGGAGAGCACGCUGUGGCUGGCAGCCACCAACGUCUGCAUGGACCCCCUGAUCUACCUGCUCCUGUGCAAGCCCUUCGUGGAGAAGGUGCUGUGCAGGAGGGUGAAGGCUCUGCACAGAACAGUCCACCCCAGCCCAAACACUGAGCUGGACACGAGGGUGUCCCCCACUGAGUCCUGAUUCUGCACUGCACGCCCUGCUCUGCGUGUUCAUAGAGAACUGGGGAAAUAGCUUGGUCUUCUUCUGCUGAAGAACACAAAAAGCGUUUGCCAAGUCAUAUUAACAGUCAAUAAAUGCAGCAAAAUGGAUUUUCUAUGUACACUCACUGCAUGGCCUCGAUGGGCAAAAGGCUCCUGCUCAAACUAAGACAAUCCCCA